UUGAAAACAGACAUGGCGGCGGUACGAGCGGUCCUACAGCGAUGUGAUCCGGCUCUGCUGGACUCGGGUUCAGACCGGGAUCUGGACUGUCCGGAGGCGGCUCAGAUGGCGCUGCACCUCACAGACAGCCGUCGUGUGCAGAAGGUUUUGUGGCGUCAGCUGUUUGUGUUGGACUCCAUGAUGUCGCUGCUGGAGGGUCUGGAGUCGUCCCAACAACUGACUUCACAGACGUGCCCUCCACAUCCUGAAGGCGGAGCUCGGAGCCGGUGGAAGGCCCUGAAGGCAGAAAGCAGGUCGGUGGUGGAGGAGACGGAGACGCUGCUCAGCUCUCUGCACGACCGAACCCAGCAGAUGCACGACAGACGACAGACACUCACACAGCUGGCUCAGCAGCUCAGAACCAAGGUACAGCAACACCAGCAGCUCCAGGAGUCGCUGCACAACACCCAAAAUGCACUGCGGGCCUGUGACCAGCAGCUCAGGCAGCUGGAGGCGGAGUCAGAGGCGGUGCUCGCUGAGCUGACGGACAGGCAGCGGCUCAGAGACCGACUGCAGGAGGCCGUGUCCACCGUACAGGACCACAUGCAGGUCAGCCUGCUCACCCUCAGCCAAUCACAGGUCACCCUGGAGCUCAGGCCACACCCCUCCUCCCACCUGUCGUCCAAUCAGCUGCAGCCGCUGAAGCUGUCCGUCACCUGGAACCACGACGACCGCUUCACACUGCAGGCGGAUGAGGGCACCUGUGCGCUCGUUGAGGACCGGGUGUGUGGCCAGUGGGCGGAGCUGAGCACCGCCCUGCUGGAGGUGAUGCAGUACUACGUGGGCGAGGCGGAGCUGCUGUGUGAGAUCCAGACCCUGAGAUCCAGCUUCCCCAUCGACUGGCGCCCGGCUCAGCGGCGGCUCGUCUACCUGAAGACGGCGUCGUUGGUGUGUCACCUGGAGGUGGGGGAGGGGUACCCGAGCCGGGGGCGGCCGCAGCUGCUGUCGGUUCAGUUUAACGGGCAACCUGUCGACGUGAGCAGGCUGAAGGCUCCAAACCCUGAAUCCAGUCUGACCGAGUGGCUGGUGUUCCUCUGCAGCACAUCACUCAUCUAACACACACACACACACACACACACACACACAGAGGUAAAUGUAAUAACAGUUGAGUUUAUGGCUUUU